UUUACAGCAAGUGGGAUUACUUAAUUUCCUGGAAAUAAAUGCCAUGAAAUGAAAGACUCAAACAGAUAAAGGGUUCUCAAUUCUUCUAGUUAAGAAGAUUGCAAUUCUUGGCUUGCCACAUAACCAAUGAGCACUGAAGAAUGCAGCAGCAACGAGUCAGGCUGGACGACGUACAUAGCCUCACCGGACUAUGAAGAUGAUGAUGAUGAUGAUGAUGACGAUGACGAUGACGAUGAUGAUGAUGAUGAUGAAGAUCAUGGGGUCGACGAAGAAGGCGGCGACGAGCAAGAUGCAGAUGAUGUCGAUAGUGAUGACUCAAUGGCUUCUGAUGCCUCAUCUGGACCAAGCCAUCAAUACGAACAUGCUGGAUGUCAUGCAUGGAACAAGAAUGGAAGAAAGUUACGUGAUGGUAAGAAACAGCAGCAGCAGAAGAAGGGGAAGAAGCAGCAUGAUGAGCCAAAAAGAUCAGCAAAAGACAAGUCAGGACAUAAAGCAGAUCAUAGCGCUGGGAGAUCGAGAAUAAGGUAACUGUCCAUGUGUUUUUCAGGACUAAAUAUAUCGAGCUUUUUUCUCAGGAGAAUUGUACCGGGAAUGCAGAUUUGUAGUUCUUGAUGCAAUAACAUGAACUGAA